AUGGUUGAUGCCUUUGUGAAGAGCAAAAUCCGAGAUGACAAAGUCACCCUUUUCAUAAAGGGAUCCUGCCCUUACUGCAGGAAUGCAGUGGCAUUGCUCCAGAAAUUUAACUUUCUGCCAGGACACCUGGAGGUGGUGGACAUCACCGGGAUGGACGACAUGCAGGACUACUUCCAGCAAACGACAGGGCAGCGAACCGUCCCUCGUGUGUUUAUUGGGAGAACCUGCAUUGGAGGAUUUUCUGAUCUGCAGAAUUUGUAUCAGGAGCUCCCCGGUACGCUACAGAAGAUUGGUGCCCUGCAGUAG